AUGGUGACGGCCUACGGCAUCUGGCAGGGGGUCAACCCACUGGAGUUGUCGCUCCCACUCUUCAUCCUCCAGACGGCCAUCCGCCAGCCCCGCGUCAUUGCUGAGAUCCUCGCCGGCAUGAUUCUUGGGCCGUCCGUGAUGGGGCAGGUGGAUGUCUGGGGGACCACGGUGUUCCCGGUGCGGAGCCUGCUGACGCUGGAGACGGUGGCGCACCUCGGCCUCCUCUACUUCCUCUUCCUGGUCGGCCUCGAGAUGGAUGUCAACGUCAUCAAGCGGUCGGGGAAGAAGGCCCUCAUCAUCGCCGUGGCCGGGAUGGCGCUGCCGUUCUGCAUCGGCACCGCCACGUCCUUCAUCUUCCGGCACCAGGUGUCCAAGAACGUGCACCAGGCCUCCUUCCUCCUCUUCCUCGGCGUCGCGCUCUCCGUAACGGCGUUCCCGGUGCUGGCCCGCAUCCUCGCCGAGAUCAAGCUGCUCAACUCCGACCUCGGCCGCAUCGCCAUGUCCGCCGCCAUCGUCAACGACAUGUGCGCGUGGAUCCUGCUCGCGCUCGCCAUCGCCAUCUCCGAGGUCAACAGCUCCGCCUUCUCCUCCCUGUGGGUGCUCCUCUCGGGGGUCUUCUUCGUGCUCGCCUGCUUCUACAUCGUGCGCCCGCUCAUGUGGUGGAUCGUCCGCCGUGUCCCCGAGGGCGAGGCCAUCAGCGACGUGCACGUCACGCUCGUGCUCGCCGGCGUCUGCACCGACGCCAUCGGCAUCCACUCGGUGUUCGGCGCGUUCGUCUACGGGCUGUACCUCAGUGGCCUCCGCACCAACAUCACCCGGAUGCACGAUCCCGUUACCGUGGGGCUCCUCGUGCUCGUGUUCACCAUGGCCAGCUUUGCCAAGGUCAUGGGCACCAUCGUUAUCGCUGUCUCUUACACCAUGACCUUCCGCGACGGCGUCGCCCUCGGCUUUCUCAUGAACAACAGAGGACUCGUCGAGAUGAUCGUCCUCAACAUCGGAAGGGACAAGGAGGUGCUGGACGACGAGUCGUUCGCGGUGAUGGUGCUGGUGUCUGUGGCGAUGACGGCGCUCGUGACGCCCGUGGUGACGACGGUGUACCGCCCGGCGCGGCGGCUGGUCGGCUACAAGCGGCGCAACCUGCAGCGGUCCAAGCACGACGCAGAGCUGCGCAUGCUGGCGUGCGUGCACACCACUCGCAACGUGCCGUCCAUCAUCUCGCUGCUGGAGCUGUCUAACCCAACCAAGCGCUCCCCCAUCUUCAUCUACGCGCUGCACCUGGUGGAGCUCACCGGCCGCGCGUCCAACAUGCUCGCCGCCCACCACUCCGCCACCAACCAGAACCGCAGAUCCAGCUCGGCUCCUGGCUCCAGCGACCACAUCUUCAACGCCUUCGAGAACUACGAGGAGAGCGUCGGCGGCGUGUCCAUCCAGGCGCUGACGGCGGUGUCGCCGUACCAGACGAUGCACGAGGACGUGUCCGUCCUGGCGGAGGACAAGCACGUCUCCCUCAUCGUGCUCCCGUUCCACAAGCAGCAGACGAGCAUCCUCUCGUCGGCGCCGUGCUCGGUGGGCAUCCUCGUGGACCGCGGCCUCAGCGCCGCGGCGGCACGCAUGGCGAGCGUGCACCACGUGGCGCUGCUCUUCUUCGGCGGGCCCGACGACCGCGAGGGGCUCGCCUACGCGUGGCGCAUGGUGGAGCACCCGGGCGUCUGCCUCACCAUCGUCCGGUUCAUCCCGCCGCACUACAAGGCCCCCGCGCUGGCGCCGCCGCAGCAGCCCAUGCCGCCCCGGGUGCCCGCGUCCAACGUCCAGGCGCGCGCCACCGCCAUCACCAUCGUCCCGGACGCCGCCAAGAGCGAGCGGCAGAUGGACGAGGAGUACCUGAACGAGUUCCGGACGCGCAACAUCGGCAACGACGCCAUCCUGUACAUGGAGCAGGUGGUGGCCAACAGCGAGGAGACGCUGGCGGCCAUCCGGGACCUGGACAGCGCGCACGAGCUGUACAUCGUCGGCAGGCACCCCAGCGAGGCCGGGUCGCCGCUCACGUCGGCGCUGGCGGAGUGGAUGGACUCGCCGGAGCUGGGCCCCAUCGGCUACCUGCUGGUGUCGUCCGAGUUCUCCAAGAUGGUGUCCGUGCUGGUGAUGCAGCAGUACGUGAUCACGACGCCGCAGCCGGCCGUGGGGCCAGCCGUGCCCGUGACGGACGACCCCGUCCGACAGUACGUGACCAACGCCAUCGCCGUCGGUGGGUCUCGGCGGCAACCAGAUGGGCCGCGGCGGGAGGGUUCUGACCUCUGGCAGCUGCACGCACACGCACGUUGGUUGAUUCGUCGGAUAGGAGGUUAUACGUUUUUAGGGACGUUUAUAGGGGCUUCGAGUGAUGGGAUGUUCUGUGUACAAUUUUUUAGCUGA